AUGGAGAAGAUGCCGGGGGUUCCUCUCUCAAAGGUGUGGUGGCAUUUGCAGCCAAACAAGAAACUCAAGAUCCUUUUACAGGUUGUCGACUAUCAGAGGAGAUGGACCCACACCAAGUUUACUGGAUUUGGGAGUCUAUACUAUGCCAAAGAUGUCGACCCACGACGCCAGGAUCCGCUAUAUGUCAAGGACGGGGAAGCCGUUACGGAUUCUCAGUUCGCGAUCGGCCCCUCUGUCGCGCGUGAAUGGAGUGAUGAAGGCGGCCCCCUAUUUGACCAUUGCGUCGACCCUUGUUUUCUCAACUACAACGGCCCCGAUGUAGGGGACAAUCUUGGACGCCCAGCAAUGCCUGAAAGCAUCAAAUCAUUGCAAGGCGAGGAAAAGACUGCGGCACUGAAUGAAUUUCUGAACAAGGCACUCAUGAUUGCCUGGCGUAGCCUGGUUCGGAGCAAGAAUCCAGAACAGUAUCGCAUGACCAGACUUCAACAAUCCCCAAGUGCAAAUCUCCUCCAUCUUUCUCGCCGCAUAUUUGAACUUGGAGAAGCUCACUUCUGCGCACUACUGCUUGACUUGCAGCAUGAAUGGAGAGAAAAUUCUCAAUCCAACUCAAACGCCCGUCGAUUCCCCCUCACGUUCACGGAGCCUGAAACCAAUGAAAUCGAAGCGGACAUGCGACGUGCGGACUUGGGCAUCAAGUUAAUGAAGGAUAUUGAACGCGAUCUGGGAAAUCUAUGUCCUGAGAAAGGCGUCAUGGAACAUGAAAACUACGAGCAAGUCAAGGCAUUGCUCAAAGAGCGAAAGGAGGAACUCAUCGCUUAG